GUCGCCCGCAUCGCGGCCCACUUGAGGUCGGAGGAUUCAGGGCCCUACCCGGCCGCCGUAGCCGCCCGUCUGGUGGGCGGGGCCGGGAUUGGGGUGACCCGGUCGGAGCUGCCGCUGCCAGCAUGUUGAAGGUAAUUCAGAGGUCUGUGGGGCCAGCCAGCUGGAGUCUGCUCACAUUCAAAGUCUAUGCAUCGUCGAAAAAGGACUCACCUCACAAAACUUCCGUGAAAGUUAAUGAGCUUUCACUCUACUCUGUUCCUGAGGGUCAAUCUAAAUAUGUGGAGGAGCCAAGGACCCAACUUGAAGAAAGCAUCUCACAUCUCCGACAUCACUGUGAGCCAUACACAAGUUGGUGUCAGGAAAUGUACUCCCAAUCUAAGCCCCAGAUGCAGAGUGUGGUUCAGUGGGGGUUGGACAGCUAUGAAUAUCUCCAAAAUGCACCUCCUGGAUUUUUUCCAAGACUUGGUGUUAUUGGUUUUGCUGGCAUUAUUGGACUCCUUCUGGCUAGAGGUUCAAAAAUAAAGAAGCUAGUGUAUCCACCUGGUUUCAUGGGAUUAGCUGCCUCUCUUUAUUAUCCACAACAAGCCAUCAUAUUUGUCCAGGUCAGUGGUGAGAAAUUGUAUGACUGGGGUUUACGAGGAUACAUAGUCAUGGAAGAUUUGUGGAAGGAGAACUUUCAAAAGCCAGGAAAUGUGAAGAGUUCACCUGGAAAUAAGUAGAAUGCUCCAUGCUCCACCCAUUGUAAUCAGUUACAGGUAAACAUUGGAAACACCAUACAGUAAUGCAGUAUUUCCAGAAAAAUGGCAGAGAAGUCAGUAUUGAAUGCAGUAAAUUGGCUUACUUCUUCAGGAAAAACUACACUAGACCUCUUGUUUAUCUUGGGUAAUGCCAUUCUACAGGUGGAUUAAUCUGAAGUCCUUUCACCUAGAGAUAAUGUGCAAGUCUUAGAACUCCUCAUUCUCAUAUUGCUAUUUAUGUAUAUAAUUAAAAUUCCACGUUCAAAAAAAGUUCUCCUUUUUUCCUGA